AUGAUUUCCCAGGUCUGCAUUAGUCUCCCACUAGCGGAAGAUGAUCCAGUGAUCGGCUUCCAAAAGAAAGAUCUAAUCGGUCUUGAUCUACCAUACAACGAUGCCUUUGUCAUCAACAUUCAAAUUGCUUUGGCCAUGGUUGACCGAAUCCAUGCAAACGAGGGCAGUGUAGCCAACAUCCUACAAUUGGCAGUCAUCCAACAAAUGGGCUUAGAGAGAAUGAUCAAUAAAUCAGCCAGGUCACUGACUGGUUUUAAUGGCGCAACAACUGUUACCGUGGGCACGAUAGAUCUCGACGUCUACUCCCUACCUGUAAUCAGAUUGCAAACGUUCAUGGUCAUUGAUGAAGUCUCACCCUACAAUGACAUUCUGGGUAGACCAUGGAUCGGCAAGAUCAACGCUAUCACCUCUGCCACACAUCAGGAGAUUCGCUACCCAAUCCCUGCGGGCGGUAUCGGCCAGAUCAACAGCGAUCAGGCAAUGGAGAGGAAGUGCUCAACUUAA